CUUGUAUGAAACAAACAUAUUUGGCUGAUUUUUUUGCAAAAUAUUUGUUGACAGAGGAGGAAGAGAAAGCUUUGUGUUUGGAUGGAAAAAAUGGUAUCAAUGAUUUAUUUUUCAAAGCUUUCAAUCGUUUAAUUGAAGUAAAUUCUAACGUUACCGAACGUAUAGCUAUUGAACCAGAGAAUUUUGCAUUGACUGAAAUUUCUCAAUUACUUUCUGAUAAAUUGGAGGCAUCAUAUAAUACAUUAUAUUUGUCAAUUCAAAAUGAAUGUAGACUUUUAAAUGUUGAAUUUCUCGACUUGAAGCCAAUAUUAAUUCAAUCAUUUGAACAUAUCCAAACAAAACCAGAAUUAUUUUUAAAAGCUUUGGAUGAUUACAGUUAUGCUAGAAAAAGUUUUUUGGUUCGAGUUUUUAUUGAAAUUUUGACUAAAGGGAAUAAAUCUGGAACAAGUCAAAAACCGAUUGAACAACUGUCGACUGAUCCGAUAAGAUAUGUUAAUGAAAUGUUUUCUUGGAUCCAAUCUUCAAUUUUAAAUGAAAAAGAAAUAUUAGAAAAUUUACUUCGAGGAUGUCAUAAAAUGGCUGAAACAAUUACUGAACAAACUUUGAGUGUUUUGUCUUCAAUUUCUGAGGCUUUUUGUCAACCUUUAAGGCUUCGUGUUGAACAAUGUAUUACAAGAGAAGGGAAUUGUAUUGUGCUAUAUAGACUGUCCAAUUUGUUGUUAUAUUUUGUGGAUACUUUUGGGUAUGUUGUUAAGGUUAUUUUUUAAAUUUAUUUAUUGGGGGGUUUCCGGAAACUUAAGUUU